UAUUCAAUGUUGAUGAAUUUAUACACAAAAACUUUACAAACAACUUGGACGCAGGCCAUAAAAUGUCAAUACAAUGCAGAACGUGCGCUGCAAAGAUUUUCAAUCCCAUUGCCAAAAACCUCUUUGAAGAUGAUGAUAAGAUAUUAAAGAACAUCGAAAUUCUGACAGGAAUGCGGUUAAAGGAAGAUCAGAAUAUGCCCAAGCACAUAUGCACCUGUUGCCACUUGGAUUUGUGUUAUUCAAUGGCGUUUCGAGACCGCUGCCUAAGAGCGGAGAAUAUUUUGCGGAGCGGGAAAGCAAACGUUACAUUGCGAAGCACGCUAAAUACGACUACUGUAAACUCGAAAUUAAUCAAAAGCUUACGUAAAAUAAGUCCAACUAUAUCUUAUCCUGCUAAAGCAUUACCUGUUUCAAAUGAUGAUACUGAUUCGAAUUCUACUGAGAACCUUAAAAGUUUCGGACGGAUGACUACAGACUAUAGUGAAGAGAGCUGUAGUAUAUCAUCGGACGAAUUGAGUAACUGGAGUGGCGAUGAAGUAACUUCUACCUCCUCAGAUUCAGAAUUUGAGGAGCCCUUACCAACUCUCAGUGAAAUGAAAAAAUUAAUUAAGGAUAGUGACGAGGAAGUCACUUCUACCUUGUCUGAAACAGGACACGACGAGUGUUUAACUUCGCCCAGUCCAAUAGAAAAAGCAAUUGAUAAUAUUGACGAUGCUUCACCAAAGCCUACUGAGGAGCCAUUGCCCAAAGAGCAAGAGGAAUUACCAAAUCAGAAGAUGGACGAUGCUAAACAAAUGCCUGUUGAAGGGCCAUUGCCCGAACAGCAAAAGAAAUCAACAAAUAAUGAAACUAACGGGAACAAAAAGAGAAGAGCGGAACCCGCAAAUCCCAGAAUUCUAAUCUGUGACCAAUGUGGCUAUCAAACAUCAUGUAAAAGAUCUCUAAAUAUACACAUAUUGCGCCAUAAGGGUGAAAAGAACUUCGUAUGCAAGGAAUGUGGAGCAAGACACUACUCUCAGCACCUGUUACAAUUGCACGUCCGAGUGAGACACAAAGGAGAGAUGCCAUUUGUCUGCAAGUAUUGUAACCAACGAUUUUUCACCAGCAGUGCUAAGCUCCGUCAUGAAGUAGUACGGCACAUUCGAGACUUUAAAUAUGAGUGCAAGAUAUGUAAUAAAAAAUAUCUAACCAAAUCAUGUUUGACCAAACACGAAUUUCUGCACACAGGCCAGAAACCUUAUCGCUGCGAAUUAUGCAAUGUGGGCUUUCCUCGAAGGCCUGGAUUAAGAAUUCACUGUCGUACGAAGCAGCAUCAAAAGAGAGAAAGCGAAGCGUUAAUCAGUCAACUGAAUGUCGUAAAUGAGAUUACGAUUCCAGCUGGGUCUAUAGUAUUUCCAGGCUCAAUAAUUGAAGAAUAUAUUGACGUAUAAAAUAAAGAAAGAGAGAAAUAAAA